UAUUGUUCCUGGAAGAGCAUUGCAUUUCUUCUUUAUUCCUCUCAUCCCUUUCCAGGUUUUUUUUUUUUUAGCUGCCUUUAUGUCUAGAAACCUGUUCUUCAUGUGGGAUUGCGUAUGCCAUUAUUCAUUCCUAUAAGGUUAAAAUUCAGGCCAGCUGAAGCGCUGUAGCAAUUUGGCAACUGCUUGAUUGGAAAUGGCCAAUGAGACUGUGCUUCUCCCAGGUCCUACAUUCUUCAGUCCCAGUGGCCAUUCAUCGCUUAUGUGUAAUAAUCAUCCAGGUAACUAGGUAGCCCAAGGUAUUUAAGAAGGAAUGAGCACAGCUCUCUCUCCCCCUUUUCGCUCUUGGAUAGGUACAUGCAGGCAGAUCCUUGGCUCUACCGACUGACAGAACAUUUACAAAACUGCAAGCAACAUGUGUUACGGGAGAUGCAUUAAAUAUGUUGGGUACAAGCUGCUGAUUCUUGCUGUGCUCUGCAUCGUAGCAAACAUCCUGCUUUAUUUUCCCAAUGGAGAAAUAGGAUACGCUUCACACAAUCACCUCAGCAGAUACGUCGGCUGUCUUCAUGGCAUUGUAGGAGGAGGUAUUUUGGUGUUGAUCCCGGCAUUUGUGCUCAUUGGACUCGAAAAUGAGGGGUGUUUCCAUGGAUGCUUUCCCCACGAGCACUAUGGGAGAAACUGCGCACUGCUGGCAUCAGUUGUGGUGGCCGCUGUUGGCAUUCUCGGUGCUGGAUACUGCUUCAUCAUUUCAGCUUUGGCUUUGGCCGAAAGACCUUACUGUUAUUGCACUGAUGACCACAGCGGGUGCUAUCCAUUCUUAAACACUCAUGGAGGGUACCUGUGCCAUGAGCCAAGGCACAUUGUUACCUGGAACGUGACCCUGUUUGCCAUCCUGCUUGUUCUGAGUGGGAUCGAAAUAAUUAUCUGUACCAUUCACAUAAUAAGGGGCUGUCUCGGAGGUGCAUGUGCCGUGUGCCACGUUCACAAAGAGACUCUACCAAAGGAUGCCAACACUAAAGUUGGCAUCACAACAGGGGAUCUAGCAAUGGGGAGUUUCCCCCAUUCAGAUCAGUGCAUCAGCUCUGAAAAUGAGUCAUGA